UGUAGUGCAUUCGUAGUCACUUCUUUGGUCUGGCCCAACAUUGAAGACACCUCUGACGCAUUCUAACUUUUUUGUUAUAAUGCGUUAACAAUUGUCGGCCCUAUAUUUCCGGCCUAAUAUUUUUUCAGAAACAUUCAUAUAUCUGAUAGAAACCUUGCGAUUAUUCAACUAGUCGUUGUCACGAAAGAAACUCCAAACGACACAGCUCACGCGGGAGAAUUUAUUUAGAUGUUAAAUAAAUAUAAUGUGACUGAGAUCCAUAUCUCUGUCGAACAUAUUUUCAGUGAAUUAAUCAAAGAUUAUGCUGCAACCAGGUGACAAAUACAAAGUCAAUUGUAUUUUUCAAUACAUGAAUAUUACAAUUCUAGUCAUCUCUCAUUAAAUAGUAAACUUUUGGGUGGGGUGGCCACGACGUUCACUAUAUAAGGAGGUGCACUAGAAGACCAUGCUUCACUCCAACAAUGUCGUCACCAGCAGAACAACCUUUCACUCUAAGCGCUCUUAAGACAGGCUCGGCCAGUACUGCAGAAGCUACAGAGAAGCUAAGAAAGUCGCUGCUAAACCACCGGUCGAGCCUGGACGUGUUGUCGGGAUGGCUGUGGCAAGAGUCGCGCGUGCUCAUCUUCUACACUGGAGGCACCAUCGGCAUGACCAUGAACGCCCGUGGCAAGCUGGUUCCUACUCCUGGGGAGCUGGAGUCCCGCCUGAGGAAGUAUCCUCACAUGCACGAUGAAGAGUACGCCAACGACCGCUUCAGUAUGCUGCAGAGCCCGCCCCUCGUGCUGCCAGAUUGUCGGGAGAAGCGUCGCGUCGUUUACUGGGUGCACGAAUAUUCCCCGCUCCUGGACUCGUCCAACAUGACCAUGGACGACUGGAUCAGAAUUGCCCAGGAUAUCAGGAUAACUUAUGAAGAUUUCGACGGCUUCGUGGUCUUGCACGGCACAGACACGCUGUCGUACACUGCAGCUGCUCUGUCCUUCAUGCUGGAAAAUCUGGGCAAGCCCGUCGUCAUCACAGGGUCCCAGAUUCCCCUGUUCGAGACGAGGAGUGAUGGCAGGGACAACUUCAUCGGCUCCGUGAUCAUGGCAGGAUGCUAUAACAUCCCAGAAGUGACUGUGUUCUUCAACAACAAACUCUACCGUGGUAACCGUACCACCAAAGUUUCUUCUGGUCGCCUCAGUGCUUUUGAUUCGCCAAAUUUCCCAGCUCUUGCUACUGCUGGCAUUUCAAUCAAUGUGGAAUACCGAAACAUUUUCCGACCAACCACUCUCUCAAAAUUCUCCGUAUUUUCACAACUCGACCCAAACGUUGGUCUUUUGAGAAUUUUUCCUUCGAUAUCGACGGAGAGCGUCCGGGCUUUCCUGAGCCCCGUCAAGGGGGCUGUCCUACAAACCUACGGAGCUGGCAACAUCCCCAGCAACAGGACGGACAUCCUAGAGGUGCUACAAGCUGCAGCGGCCAGAGAUGUUCUUAUUAUCAACAUCACGCAGUGCAUGCAUGGCGGCGUCGAGCCCAUCUACGAGACCGGCGAGGCGCUGGAGGGCGCUGGAGUGCUCAUGGGACUGGACAUGACUCCUGAAGCAGCCCUCGCCAAACUCAGCUAUGUGCUUGCCAAGGACGUCGACUUUGCGACGAAGAAAAAGAUGAUGCAGAGUAACUUGAGAGGAGAAAUGACGAUUGUUACCACAUCUGACGGCGCUGCCAACGAGGACGACACAUCGGUGGACGACAUCAUCGCCCACAUCGCCCAGGCCCUCGAGCUGGCGUCCCUAGAGGACCAGCGGCACCUUCAGGAGCUGCUCGUCCCGACGCUCUUCAUGAACGCCGUCGUCAACGCCGACCUCCAGAGGAUGGACCGCCUGCGUGAACACCUGGAGGACGUUAACCAGCGCGACGCGAUGGGCACGACGUUCCUGCACGUGGCAGCGUGCGAGGGCGCCCUCGAGGUCGUGGAGUGGCUGCUGCUGAACGGCGCCGUGGUGCACGUCAGAGACGCCAAGGGUUUCACGCCUCUCUGGGCGGCCGUCUCAUGCGACCAGACCAAGGUGAUCGAUUUAUUAGUCCAAACGGGCGCGCAUCUGAUGGAGCUGCCGACAAAGGUAGGCGAGGAGCUGGUCUCUGCAGCGGCCACCAACAACGUCAAGCGCAUCAAGUCCUUCGUCAGGGCCGGGGCCGACGUCGACCAGCCGGACACCCUCGGCAGGACUGCGCUUCAUGCUGCAUGCAUAACUGGAGCAAAGAAGGUGGUCCGAACUCUGCUAGAGUUCGGCGCCAGCACGACUAGGACGGACAAGACCAAGAUGACUGCUGCCAUGUUGGCAACCGCUGCCGGCCACGCAGGCAUUGCAGCGCUCUGUGAAGCCCAGCCACAGUGAAAUGUUUCUAUUUUUCUCCUGCUUCUGUUCCCGCUCCUGGAAUAUUAUGCAAUAAAUAGACUGAUAUUGCAUCUGUGAUUAUCAGUGAUCUUGAAGUAGUGACCCGCUUAAUGUUCUUAAACAAGGCCACGCUGAUGUUAUAAUCUAAAGAAAUUUCGUGAAAUUUGUGUUUCUUAGAAGUACUGUCUGUAUUUAUAACUUUAAUGAUAAUAAUGUUAUUGUCAACGCAGUUUUACUCGAGUGUUCGUGGACUACAAUCACAGCCUGUCUUCCUAAAAAAAGCUAGUUUUCUGUAAACAUAGUACAUAAACUGUAAAUUAUACGAUUAAUUCUAAGCUGUGAAGUAAGAAUACUUCUUAUUGACAGGAAGUAUUCCGCCUGCUGAUGUAUUACCUGUAUCAUGAAUUACUGGUAUACAAUUAAAAGGCUAGGUGGUUGAGUCACGCAAUUUAAAAUUUAUUUUAUUGUAAUAUUGACCUUACAGUAGUAGCAUUUUGAAUAGAAAUUCAUGUGUAGUAUUGUGUAAAAUUACUGUAUAAUCUUUCUAUUUGAACGCACGGAAAUAUUAUUGGACUAAUUUGGCGAUUCAGAUCAAAAUGACUGAAUAAAGUCUGUUUUCAACCAUUGCAUUCUAAGGAGAGAAUCAAAUGAAGCCGAUUCGCGAGAGCGAAGCUAAUUAAUCAUUUUGUAAAGUACAGAUUUUAAAACAGGCACUUCACACUAUAUAUAUUUGUCCACAGGAACUUCCCAAAAUGUAUUGAUCUGACUCUUAAAACUCAAUCAUGCUCCGGACAUCCACCUCAUGAUUAUUUUUGUCAGUGAAUUAUUUACAGAGACUAAUAAUAAAUUGUAACAUCGCUUGAAAAUUUGAUUUGAUAUCAUCCUUGCGUUCCAGGAACGAGCCUGACCUGAAUAAGCUCUUUGCAUAUCGCGUUACUUCGACCGCAGUUGUACCUUGUGUGGUAAAAUUAUAAACUAACC